GCCCGCUUCGCCGCCGCUAUUGGCGACAGAGCGAUCACUAAGUCUUGGAAGCACCUUGGAGCAGGCAAACGCGCGCGCCGCCGCCUUCUCCUCGGCGUUUAGCUGGCGCCUUGUACAUCCACCUGUAUUCUCCCCCAAGCCACUGGAAUCAUGGCGCCUGAUCCUCAACAGAACCCAUUCGCCUUCCACCCCGGCCCCCCUGCGCCAGGCUCUGGGAGCAUCAACUAUGGCACAUUUAACCCUGCUCAGAACCCCGCACCGUCCAACCCCGACCCUCACGCGGUCACUUACUCCGGUGUUCGCUAUGCGAUGCCGCCCCAGCCGUCGUCGAGCCACCAUGGGGCGGCCGGUCCUUAUCCCAUGAGCGGUCUCGAUGUGUUCGGAGGGCCGAUCGAAAUUCACCAGUCCCAGCAAGACCGUCCAUAUGUUAUGAACGGAGGAGAAGGCUUUGCUCCUUCGCAGUACAUGUACCCUCCCCCACCACAUGACGUUUCCUAUGCUCCUUACCCGACUGCCGUUCAAAGGCCCCCCGAGGCUGGCAUCACGCCAGCCCGCCUUGGUCCGGGUCUGCGCUCCACUGCCCCCGGGUCAUCUGACUCGAUGAUGAGGCCCUUGUCCGGUAACACCGGCCAGCACCGCCCGUCCACGGCAGACAAUUCUUCGGACGCGAGCAGCUCUGUUCAGCGGACCGGCCGUACCGAUACCGGUACGGCCACGUCGAGUGACGUCGAGGCAGAGUCUCCAACUCGGCGCGUGCGCCAACGCCUCCCCACGUUUGAGCAGCCCCAGUCGCAAGCCAGCGCUUCUCGGAAGCGCAAGGGGACGCCAACUGCUCCUCGCGCCAACGCAAAGAACGCAAAGAAAACGAAACUCCUAUGUGUCGGCGAAGAUCCAGGCGUCGAGGGCAUCCCUCCGGGCCCGAGGCCUUUGGGCCGACCAGAUGUGUCGUUUGCAUGGAUGAUCGGCAACGCCAUUCGGGCUUCGAGGGCUGGGGGGCUCUCGUUAGACCACAUCUAUCGCUACAUCGCUGCGAGCUACCCCCAUUUCCGAAACGACGCCACCGGUGAUCAGUGGCGCAAUUCUGUUCGGCACAACCUGUCGAUACAUAAGAUGUUCGUCUCGGUACCCCGCACUGAGAAGCACCCCCCGGGCAAGGGCAACAUUUGGACUAUCCCAGACGAAGAGAUGUGCCACUGGAUUCCUAGCAACGAGUAUCCGGAGGGAACAACGUUCCAGAGGACAUUCCCGCCGUCCCACCCACACUGGGCCACGUGCCUUCAGACGAAGGCUGAUCUUCAGAAGGAGGAGGAGGCCAAGGCCAAGGCUGAGGCCGAGGGACGCGACUACGUCCCAAAGAAGGGCAAACGCGCCAAAACGGUGCGGCAGGCGCAAGCUCUUAAAGAGAAGAAGACGACGUCAAGGAAGUCACGAGGCCCUCGAGCAAAGGUCCUCCCACAUCUUCUUCCUCCACAUCCUGUUGCCUUGAUGCCAAUGCCCCCUCCCCAUCCCCAUCCCCAUCCCCAUCCCCAUCCCUAUCCCCAAGGCCCCUCGCCGCACCCCAACGUUCGGCAGGGGCAACCAACAAUGCCGAUCGCGGCGGCUCAUCUCCAUCCGCACAUGGCAAUGCCACUGCCGGGCCCCGGAUCGGAGGCGGUCGGGGUUCCCCAUGCCGUUGAUACCUCCAUCAACCGCGGAGCGCCUGACGAAAAGGCUCUGACGUCUCCGCCACUACCGCGAGACGGCUCACUCGAGCGUCUUCAGGUAGAGGAUGACGGACUCGACUUUGAACCGGAGGACCAGGACGAUGGACGUCUUCGCUUGCUCAGUUUCAAGACAACACUCAAGAGGAUGAUUGCGUCGCCCUCGCGCUCUGGACCGUCCCACGGUUCCUUUAAUCGGCAGGAUCGCUUUUUCGACGAGGAGGGAGUCUUUUCCAGCAACGGAGCUUCCACAUCCGCCAACCUCAACCGCGCAUUCCGGCCGCCUUCUCCUCCCGAGAGUGUGGCGGAUGCUGUCAACCUUUCCGCCCUCUUCUGCAACGAUGAGGACAAUCUGUUCGAGACGCCUGCUCAUAAGCGGCCAGAAGUUUAUUCAGGUCCAGCAUCCGGCUCGACCCUCAACCCCACGUCGAGCGCGUUCAAAAAGACUCCAGCGCUCACGUAUUCUUCAUCGUCGCCGACGUCAUCUCCAAUGCCACCCUCUGUUCCUCGAGGGUCGAGCUAUCACCCAAGUGGCCUGCAGCAUGAGUGGACCGGCGACAAGGACGGCCAUCUUAACGGGACCCACUCCCCUGUCGGAUUGGACGCGCCGUUCGCCAUGAAGCCAGCUAUCAAGCGGACCGCGCCCGACGACGAGGACGACCCGUCGCCAGAGCGCAGCAGUCUGCCAAAGACGCCUGGCGUCGCGUCCGGCGUUGCGCCCCGCACGCCCCGUUUGUUGACGGACGCUUCCAGUGGCGCGCCCAAAACCCCCAUCACGCGCUCAUCGGCGUCAGCCCUCUUCAACACGCCGAUCAGGUUUACCACGCCUGUCAUGAAGACGCCACUUUCCUUCACGACACCCCUUAACUCGAUUACUUCGCUAGAGAAUCUCAGCACCCCGAUGUGGGAGGCGGCUGGCUGCGUCGAUCGUAUGGGGCAGAGUCGCAGGCAAAGUGAGCAGGGCAAUAUGACCCCCCUGUCUGUCCUCGAGCAGGGCAAUUGGUCUCCAAAAUGGUCUCCUAGGCCGGAUACGAACCCAGCAAGUUACUCGCUCGACUCACCUAGUCGAGGCUUGAGGGAGGCGCUGGACACGGACUCACCCAGCGCCAAGCGUCGCCGCAUUGUUUCAUGAGCGGCUGGCCAUCAUGGCCGUCCUUGUCUGCAUCCCUUUGCAG